AUGGAGGAGGAGCUGAAAUGCGCGAUAUGUGUCCGAUAUUUCGACGAUCCGAUAAUAUUGAAUUGUGGACACAGUCUGUGUCGAAUGUGUGCCAUCAAAGCGCAUCAACCGUCGACGUCUUCCGCCUGCUCGUCACUUUCAUCGCCAAGACCCUCGACGCCGGGCAUUUUGUCGCAGAUUUUGAGCUCGAGCAACUCGUGCUCGCCCGUUUCGCCGCAGAGCAGCGGUGGUAGCAGUGGUGAGUUGUUUAAGAUUCCGGCACUUUCCUUUGUAGCUUGAACAUUCUUACUCUCAUUGCAUUUGUCUCGUUGAGACGUUUGGAAUGGUUUGUCUCAUCCAAUUAUUGUUGUCGUAGCCCAUUUGGUAUGAGAAAAAGAAAAAAGAAAACCGCAAUUGGAUUACUCAAUCUUCUAACCCAUUGACAUAUGGCUAAUGGCCAUCCGACUCUAGAUCCUAGACCCUAGACCCCCCCCUUUCCCAUUUGCAUACUACUUUUCCGGGGGUCUCUUGGUACCUUUUUUUUGAAACCAAAUAUCAUCCAUUUCCACUUUUUUGCUUUCAGGAUCCUCAGAUACCGUAUCCUUGUGCGUUUCGGACGGCGAUCAUGAGAGCGACAAACUUUCGGUGGUCUCGGAGACCGAUUCCGGUGUGGUCGGGUGUGGCAGAAGUGAGUUUUUACCAUAUUUAUAUAAGGAAAGUAUUGUAGGUCUUAAUUUUUCAGCGAGCCGCCCGUCGAGCAUCAUCGGACCGCCGCUUUCACGCCUUCACAACAUUCUGACGCCUUCCACGUCGGGCGUUCAAAUAUUGUGCAAUUCGUGCCAGAAAUGCUCGUUUUUUUCCGACGAAAACUCGAUCGUCAACGCGCCGACGAACUUGGCGAUGCAAAAUGUGAUCCAACGAUAUUUGACGGCUCAUCCCGACAAAAUUGGCGUUCCCGGACCGAGUCAGGGACCAAAUUGCGCACCGACAAUAUCAUCAAAGAGAAAAGAAGAAGAGGACGACGACGUGGCACGCUGUCAAUUGUGCGAGGGAAGCGAGAAUCGCGAGGCGAACGUUUUUUGCGAACAAUGCGACAUUUACUAUUGUACGCCGUGCCAAAAUGCACUUCAUCCGGCCAGGGGACCACUCGCCAAACACAAUCUGGUCCAGGCGGGCGGGGGAAGAAAGUGAGUCGCUUUGUUUCGAGUUGGAGAGUUCGCAAAAAGUCCCAACUAUUGUCCAUUUCCAGAAAAUCGCUCCCACCGCCUCCGCCCACGCCCUCAACUCCCCGGGACCUUCUCCGAUGCAUAGUGCAUCCGUCGGAGGGCCUGACAAUGUACUGUCUGGCGUGUAAAGUCGCCGUCUGCUCCAGAUGUCUUCAGGUAAACUUUUGAACGAUUUCUUUUUACUAAACGAAUAAAGGUUCUGUGUGUCCCAUACCUGGCAUUCACAAAAGUAGUGCUGAAAUCUCGGGUUACUGUAGUAUUGCUGUAGAUACAUGUAUGUACCUACAGUAACCUAAAACUAUCGAUUGAAUGACGUUUUUCUCUGUGACUCUUCAUUUCACACACUAUUUCUCUCGUAUCUAGUUCAGUCACACAUUUGAAGUCCCUGAAGUAUCCAUGCAAAAGUUAGGCCACGGGAACCUAUUUCUUUGCGUUUUUCACUCUCUCUCUCAUUGAAACUUUGAAAAGCAUAAAGGCCAGGGCCGGGGGAAAGCUAGGCCACUAUUAUAAAUCUACAUUUUCUCAUCUCAGGACCUUCGCCACGCCAAUCACGACGUGCAGUCGCUUCCGAUCGCUUGCAAAGGACAUAAGGUAGGCAUUUGUCAAUCAAAUUUUUUCUUCUCUUUGGUUCUGAGGUUCUGAGGCUUUGGGGGAGGGGGGGAGGCCUUGAUGCGCUAUAUCCUCCCGCUCAAAAAUCUGUCCAUUAUACAUAAAUAUAGUACUUAUCCAUAAAUGGACAGAUUUUCGAGGGAGGGGGGGGGGGUCUAAUUACCUUUUUGGUGAAAAGAGGGAAUUUCAAAGUCAUCGACAAAGCGAAUUAAUCGGAGAGCGUUCGCCUGGAAACUUUUUCCGUCCCGUACAAACUUUUGUGUGGCUGUUUAUUCAGUGAUGACCUUGUGCAAAGCGAGCGGUGUGAAUUGACUUGGAACUAGCUAGCAAGGGACUUUUAUGGAUAUACUAGAUCGAUAAAAACUAUGGAUAUAAACGUUAAAGUGCUUUUUGCUUUUUACUUUUUGCUUCCUUCUCCCAUUUGCCUUCAUCAUCAAUCUUGUGGCGACACAUAAACAUAGUACUACUACUACUUUUGUUUGUUGCUUCUUCUUCUUCUUCUUCUUCUUCUUCUUGACAAACUUUCUUAGACCCCCCCCCCCUUCCUUUUCCCUUUUUGGUCAAAUGAAGGAUAAGGGCGACAAAAUUAGGCGAAGAAGUGUGGAUUAAUAGUAGUAGUUGAUGGGGAAUAGUAAAGUUAGUAGAGCCCUUCAAAAAAGGGGUCUACGAAUGUCAAAUCUCUCUCGAGUUCAAUCAAUAUUAUCCAUUUCUCAAUAUCAUACACUCGCUCGGGUGGCUGUGUAAAAGAAUCUUUCGAACGAAGACAUUCGAAACCGCAGCGAUAAUGAUGAGCUGUUAAUAAUAGUGCAUUGGUUUGUACGUGUGUGUGUGUGUGUGUGUGUGUCGUGAAAUGUGAGAUGAUGAUGGCCGAGAGGAACACUUGAAGACGGAAGGAAGGUCCCUGAGAGACUAAUGGCCGAUGAAGGGUUAUGCAAUUCUGACAGACAAAAUGACAGGUUCCGAUUUCUGAGGGAUUUGCGAGAAUUUUCAGUUUUCUGCAAAUUAGCCAGUUUCCUGAGAGUUUCAAUGCACUUCUACUAAAUUUUCCCGCAAAUUCUUCAUUUCCGAUUCACACUCAUCAAUUUCGAAUUAGAAACAUUGGCACAUUAUGUGACACCACGCCAGCGCAUCUAGUGUAGAUUCUUUUGAGAACGUCUUGCCUAAACCCUCCGAAUUUCUACUCCAAUUAGUCAUCGUCCGUCCCGCCAACGUGUGCGGCCCACACAAAAAGUGGUCACAAAUGACACAUGUUCUUCUAUACUUUCUGUGAGAAUGCCGAGACGAGACGAGAGAGAGAGAGAGAGAGAGAGAGAGAGAGAGAGAGCACAAAUGACACUCAGGUGAGAGAGCGACAAAUUGUAGUACUAGUUACACAUUGUAAACGUGGCUUGACCCGAAAAGAGACGCGGCGGCACCUUUACCUUUGAUCGUUCGUGUUCUAUUCAAUAUCAUCGCAUUCGGGACACACUGCAACUUUUUAUUGCACAUUAAAUGAAUAAAAGAGAGGGAGAGUGAUAACGGAAAAGGUUGGCACGUUUCGACGAUGCACCAUGUGAGGGAAGCGGUCCGGUCGAUGAUGCACCAUGUAAUGUGGGAAAAGAUGAAAAAUUUUACAGAUCUUGGUUGAUGCACAAUGUGGAAGUAGAAAACCAGUCCUGACUACCCUAAAAAUUUGUUUUCUAUUAUUUUGGCCGAUGCCCCAUACUCCUAGGCCCACCCAAAUUCAUCAAAAUCUUGCAAAUGUGUCGGUCGAUGCCCCAUGUGAACCUUUUUUCGUGACUUUUACCCGAGUAUUCGGGUGUCCUGGCACCGCCCGAACCCAGAUGGACAUAAAUCAUAUCUCGACCUCCCACUCGGUCCCUGACAAUCGGUGCCGGGUGCAAUUAGACACGAACACCAACAUCUCCCGGAAAAGGUGAUUUAUGUACGAGUUUUGAGAAGAAAAGACCUUUGAAUUCAGGGGGGGGGGACUUUAUUGAGAGGGACCGGUAGAUGCACCAUGUGGAAUUGUUUUUUUCUCAACAUGGUGCAUCGGCCAGGAAUACACUUGUUUAGAGUAUUUGUCCAACUAUUGUAUGACAACACAAAUUGGUAAAUGUCAUUGAUACCCCAUUUUCCUAAUAUGUUAUGUAUGCACAUCUAUUUCUCCGAUUACCCCCCAAACUUAUAUUGUCCGUUUCUUGUGCUCCUGGGCCGGAAGGGACCGCCUUUGUGUAACAAAACACACCGAACAUUUGUCACUUGUUUUCAAACAACUAUCGAUGAUCCCAGGGCGCCGGGAGCCCAGGAUCAUUGAGAAAAGUCAUGGGAGCCCUGGAAUGUUGUCAACACGAAAGACCUGAGAGGGACCUGCAGAUGCACCAUGUGUUUACAUGGUGCAUCGGCCGGUUUCACUGGCUUGCCGAUGAUACCUUUGCAACAUUGAAAAUUUUGCGAAAUUUUGACGCAAAAGCCAUGAGCUCAUCCAUCAAAUUGUCAGCUUUGCAAGACCGAUUAUCGCUUCCGUGGAUUUCCGGAAAGUGUCACACAUCUUUCUUCUCUCGGAUGAUAAAUUGGAUAAUUAUAAAAUUGGCAAAAGGUUUCGCAGUCAGCUGGUGGUCGGUGACAAGCGUCAGACCGUGUGUUGCAUAAGAAAUGAUUGAAAAGAGAGAAGAAGAAGAAGGCGGUUGCGUCUAGGAGACGGAUUAGGAAUAAGGAAAAAAGACAGAAGGCGUCAGGAUUACUGUACUCGAUGGAUGAGAGCACGAGCAAACAAAUGAGUCGGGACAAAAGGGUUCCGACUGGUUAGUGUACGUUUCGCCACGUCACAAAAUUGCAUUUCCCGUUCUCGCCCCCUGACUUAAGACCACGAGGAGGCCUUCCUUAAAAUAUCCCUAAAAUUCCCCUCCAAGUGCAUAAUAAUCCCCCAAAAAAAAUUUGUCAACGCAAAGAGACGGACAAGGAGAGGAUCAUCAAUCAAAGGAUGUGUUGCGCGAGUGUGCAGUGUGUACUACACACACCAUUUUUCCGAGCGGGACGUAAUUUAUGCGCACGACACAAAAUGAGGGGGGUGUACUGGAAGACGACGAUAAAGAAUUAGGGGACGGGUGGGUUUGUCACACACAAAAAAUACGUUUUAGGGACACAAAUUUGCACUGAAAAAGUCGGUUUUUCAUCCGUUUUUUCGAUGCCAAAUGUCCCAUGGUUGCAAAUUGUCUUCUAGUUGCAAAACGGCCAUCUCUGGUUAGUUACGAAUCAAAAUUUUCCAAUUUUACUCACAUCUUCCUCUUACUAUUAGAAAGGUUUGAGCGUGGGUUGCGAAAUGCCCUCUAGUUGCAAAGUGUCCUCCCACGCCGCAACUUUUAGCAGUAAUUAUCCAUCCUCUCCUCCAACUUUGCCGUUUUCUCAUGUUCUGUCCAGUACGGAAGUACUAGAGCCUUCCGGAUCCUCAUUCCGACACUUCUUCUUCUUCUUCUUCUUCUUCUCCCCCUCUCUCUCUCUCUCUCUUUCCCUAAUUCAAUUUGUGUCCAAAGGCGCGAACUUUUCGCAUCCUCUUCCUGUUGCUUCAUCAGAUUCCCGCCUAAAUUAGGCUAAUUUCCAAUCCAGAAUGUAUUCGGAUGCGUGCGUGUGUUGUGAAAUGAAAUAAAAUGAAAUGAAACUUUUCGUCCGAAUUCUGUCAUGAAUAACAAGAGGCGAAGGGGAGGGACCGAACAGAUGUUCGUGCGGGGUGAAAAAUGAGAAACAUCAUCAUUAAUUCUAGGCGGACGAUGAUGGUUGAUUUGGUGUAUAAUUUUGGAAUUUAUCGUCAACUAGAAAAGUGUUGUACUAUACGAUAGACACGUCUAUAAUAUCGUUUUUGCAGACAGAACUCUCGUCGACCCUUCAACAAUUGUCGGAGAAAGCGAAAUUGGCGCGCGAAGAAAUCGAGCAGCUGAAAGGCAUGCACUCGAUCAUCCACAACAACUGCAACAACUUCAAAUCGUCGCUGUGCAUUCAAAUCGAUCAGCUCAUCGAGCAACUUCAGAUGAGAAAAGCGAAAUUGAUGCAACACGUGGAGGAGCAGGCGGAGACCAAAGUAAUUUCCGGUGAAAUGACCCUUAAAUUGAGUAUUUGCCAUUUCAGAGACGAAUUCUCAAGUCGCAAAUCGUUCGGUGCACUGGAAAAUGGAAGAAGACGUCGGCACUGAUUCAAUUCUGCAUCGAAGCCCUCAAAGAGCCGGAUCCGUCCAUUUAUAUGCAGGUUGGUUUUUGGAAGAAAAGUGUAAUCGUAUUGUGAUCGUAUCCGGAAACAAAUUGCAGAUUUCCAACACUCUGCUGCAUCGCUCGACCAGUUUGGAGCUAUUGUGGCACAAAGAAAUGCGUACCAAGCCGGAAGUGGAUCCGGAUUUUGUUCUGAAUUUGGACACCAAGCAUCUACAGUACACCAUUCAGACCCUCGAUUUUGCACAGCUCAAAGGUUGGUUUUAUCGAACAAUUCUCGAUAAGUUUAUCGAUAAACUUAUGUAUAAAAGCAUUACCCUCAAAAAAAAAUCAAUUCUAGCCGCCCAUAGAGGCACACGAUCGAAAGGCGAUUCGUCGAAAGGUAGAGUAGAACGGAUAUUGUGAAUUUGUGGAUAGAUUAUUGUGUUUAUCUAUAAAUAUAUAGUGGUGGAAUCCUUAUUUUUGUGAAUAUCAUCACCCUCUUGCACCACACCCCACACCGCACUUGAUAUUUUUGUUUUGUAAAGGCAAAAGCAUGUAACAAGUAUUUAUUUUGAAAAAAAAGUAUUUGCAGUACCGUCCGCGCCGCUAAUCGAUACUUCCGAGUGUUCGGCGGAAAAUAAUUCGGUUACGGUAGUCUGGAGGGCCCGGAAUGACGGAAGUGCCGUCGACGGAUUCGCGUUGGAAAUCGACACGGGCCGGGAUGACGGCAACUUUAAGGUGCGUCUAUCUCGAAAGCCGAUCAUUGUUUUGAAAAGUUGUCAACUGAAAAAUUGUUGCAAAUUGUAUGCUCUACAACUUUGUAGUUGUCAAUUUUGUCCCAAAAUGCUCCAUUUUUGAGUUAUACUCUGUACAAAAACACUAGCGGCUUAUCUAAAGUUUCGACGUUUCUAAAGGCCUAUAUCUCGAGAACUAAUAGAUGUUUCAAAAAGUUGUCAACAGCAAAAUUGUUGCAAAUUCUAUUCUCUACAACUUUCUAGUUGACAAUUUCACUCCAAAAUGCUUCAUUCUCAAGUUAUGUCUUCAGGAAGUCUACUCGGGUCCCGACACGAUUUGUACCAUCGACGGACUGCACUUCAACACGGUCUACACGGCGCGUGUGAAAUCGUUCAAUGCGGCCGGCGAGAGUGAAUACAGCGAGCCGAUUUGUCUGCAAACCGCCCACGUGGCAUGGUUCCAGCUGACGAAAUCGCCGUCGCAACGGGAAAUGCUACUGACGAACGAUUGUGCGACACUCAGCGGAAGUUCCAUGGAAUACGGUACUGUACUGGGCAGUGUCGCUUUUUCAAAGGUAUGCAACUUUUUUGUUUUAAAGGCCUGUUACUAAAAUUUGGUUGUACUACAACGCUUUUCUACGAAAAAACGUAAUUAGGACCAGACUCGUGACUCAUAAGUUUCAUAUUGUUUAGAAACUAGACCAUAACUCAAGAAUGACAAGUUUUGGAACAAAAUGAUCAAUUACAAAGUUGAUCCGCACAAAAUUUGCCGCAACUUUUCAGUUGACCAAAUUUUGAAAUAAGCAUCACAUCCAGAGAUAUAAGCGUCUAAAGAUUAAAAGCACUGACAUGUAAUCUUUAGCACCCUGCUCUAGCCAAGCGUAUAAGUAACUAUUGAGAACUAUACUUUAAUGCCAAAAAUUGAAGAAUUUCUCAGGGAAUCCACUACUGGGAAGUGACGAUCGAUCGAUACGACGGCAACGCGGACAUUGUGAUCGGCGUGGCACAGCCGGCGGUCAACCGGAACGUGAUGCUCGGCAAGGAUCUGCACGGAUGGUCCAUGUACAUCGACAAGGACCGCUCGUGGUACAUGCACAAUGAGACACAUCAUUAUCGUAUUGCCGGAGGCGUUACUAGAGGUACGUUUUUUUGUCACCUAGGGUCACUUAACUUUGAACGGAUAUUGUAGGGUUGCGAAACGUCCUAUGGUUUCCAAAAUUGUUUUAUGGAAAGUUGAGGUCUAGUACAAGAUAUUUUCACUUGACAACUUUUUUCUAAGACCAUUCCCUGGAGUUCUGUAGCUCUUGGAAGUUGGCUUUGAAAUCCAUCAUCUAUUGUGAGCUUCAACUUCUAAGCGCUACAGUAAUCCAGAAAGUGGUUGUAGAGAAAAAUAGUAAACUACAAAAAUAAAGCUCACAUCUAGUACUCUAUUUUUGUAGUUGACAACAUUUUUGUACCACCUCUUCCAAGGGUACUGUAGGUCGUCGAAGUUGAGGUGCACAAUGCCAACUUCCAAGCGCUACAGCACGCCAGAAAGUGGUCCUAGGAAAAAAGUGUAAACUACAAAACUGUAGUACUAGAUCUCAAUUUUCGAUAGCGCAAAGCUGCUCAUGUUUAUUGUUCACAAAAAACGACUUUUCCAGGCACAGUGAUCGGUGUCAAGUUGGAUUGUGAUCGCGGGAUCCUCGAGUACACCAUCAACGAUCGGAAACGUGUCUACAUGACUGAAAAUGGUCCCGACGUGUUGGCUUUUACGUAAGUUUUAAUGAAAAACUGAAAAAAAAACAGCUCGUAAAAUGACGCGUUUCCAGAAAACUGCCACGUGGCUUGUACUAUCCCGCCUUUUCGGUCAACGCCAACGCCUCCAUCACUGUUCAUACCGGUCUUUCGAUCCCAUCAACGCUUACGUCGGAAUAA